CCCCGCCUUUUGCACUCCUCGACCCUUCCCAUGGAAGCCGUCAACCGGGGAAAGACCGGACUGCCCCCCUAGAAAUCCCAACAGAACCCUGAACCCAUACUGCUUGGCCGCAUCUGAUCCGAGUCGCGGAGAUUAUUCUCCUCCUCGUCCGUUUCCCUGCGGAAAAGAAGCCGGCGCGGCGUCCCUCCGCCGCCCACGGCCGAAAUGGCGGGAGCCGAGGGGGCGCAGCCCCAGCAGCACCACCCCUGCAGCAUCUGCAUGGAGCCCAUGGCGCCCGCCGCGGCGCACCGCGGGGGCGCCGCCUGCGCGCACGCGUUCUGCCGCGCGUGCCUGUCCGGCCACGUCCGCGCCAAGCUCGAGUCGGGCGGCGGCGGCGGCGGCGCCGUGGUGCGGUGCCCCGACGCGUCCUGCGCGGCCGCGCUCGACCCGGAGCUCUGCCGCGGGGCGCUCCCGCCCGAGGUCUUCGAGCGGUGGUGCCGCGCGCUCUGCGAGUCGCUCUUCCUCGGCGCGCGCCGCACCUACUGCCCGUUCCCGGACUGCUCCGAGAUGAUGGUGGCGGACGACGACGGCGGCGGUGCCGAGGAGUGCGUGACCCAGUCCGAGUGCCAGGGGUGCCGCCGGCUCUUCUGCGCGCGGUGCGGGGUGCCGUGGCACGCCGGCGUGUCCUGCGAGGAGUUCGCGCGGCUCGGCGAGGGGGAGCGCGCGCGGGAGGACCUGCUGCUCGUGGAGGCCGCCCGCGAGGGCAACUGGAAGCGCUGCCCGCGAUGCAGGUUCUACGUCGAGAAGUCCAGUGGCUGCCUGCACAUUACCUGCAGAUGUGGGUUUGAGUUCUGCUAUGGAUGCUGUAAGCCAUGGGCUCUGAUACAUGACGGCUGUCCUGGGGCCUGAAACAGGUCUGGCUUCAAUUCUGCUGUGGCUCCGCCAAGCAAUGGGAGCUGAAUACAUGGCGGUUUCAGCAUGAAGUAGGUACCGAUGUUACUAUCAGUAGGGUUUCUCUGGACUCUCAUGUGAACCAUGAAUAGUCUGGCAUCCUCUAGAGAAUUUUGGAAGGUUCUCCUGUUUGUGGUUGGUCUUAACGAACCUUCAUUACAACUAUAUGGGUGCCAGACGUCUUUCUUUAGUUUAAGCUAAGCUUGACAGUGCUUGAAAUUUGCAAUGCAUUAUAAAUAUGGGGAAUUGUGUUGACAAAA